AAAUAGGAGUGUGUUGGAAGUUGGAACUUGAAAGUUGAAACAUUUUGUCUGUGUUGAAACAGCUGCUUUUGUGUUAGACCAAUUUUUUAGUUAAUUAUUACAAAAUGUUAGAUUUAUUUAGCAUUUUUAGUAAAGGAGGUAUAGUGCUUUGGUGUUUUCAAAGUACUAGCGAAAUAUUUUCACCAUCAGUGAACGCUUUAAUAAGAAAUGUAAUCUUACAAGAGCGUUCGGGGAAUAAUUCUUAUAAUCAUAACUCACUAACACUACAGUACAAACUGGAUAAUGAGUUUGAGCUGGUUUUUGUAGUCGCUUAUCAGAAAAUACUACAACUAUCAUAUGUGGAUAAGUUCCUAAAUGAUAUCCACCUAGAGUUCAGAGAUAAAUACAAGAAUGACUUGCAAAGUGGACACUUGGCUACGGAUUUUAAUUUUAAAGCAUCAUUUGAUAAUGUUCUCAGACAAUGUGAACAAUGGGCUAAGUCACAAGCAAAACUACCAAAACAGAUGAGGACUUUUGAAGACUCAUUUAAAUCUAAGAAAACUGUUGCGUCAAUGAUUGAAAGGAAAGGUGAUGAAAAAAAUAAGAAGACAGUAAAAAUAGUUGAAAAUAAAAGCAUAGCCAAUGGUAAAGUGGAGGAGUUUGAUAAUGACGAUGACGUCAUUGUGGCUAAUCGAGCCAAGCUGGCGCAAAAACUAGCUUCUAAAGGCAAAAAGGAUGUUAAAAAAUCACCUAAAAGCCCAAAACCAGUAGUGGAGAACCGUACCAAGAAGCCCCGUGUUUGGGAACUGGGUGGUGACUCCCGCGACCUUCCUACGUUGGACUUCAGCACUGACAAAGAGGGUGACGCUGAAGUUUCUGCCGACACACAGUUGGUGGGUCAAAUGACUGGUGCUAUCCGUGACCUGGAGGUGGAAUCUGAUGAUUCCAGCUCCGAAGAAGAAGAACAAGGGAAACCUAGCCCGAAGAAGACCGGUGGGAUGUUCAGCAUCUUCAAGGGUCUAGUGGGCUCUAAAGCUCUCAAUGAAGAAACAAUGCGUCCAGUUUUGGACAAAAUGCGUGAUCACCUUAUCGGGAAGAACGUUGCAGCGGACAUUGCCAACAAGUUGUGUGAUUCUGUGGCUACCAAGCUUGAUGGAAAGGUUCUAGGGACAUUUGACAGCGUGGCUAAAACAAUAAAAGCGACUCUAACUGAGUCCCUGAUGCAAAUAUUGUCUCCGAAGCGGCGUGUGGACAUCCUUCGGGACUGCCUCCACGCAAAGCAACAGGGCAGCCCGUACGUCAUGUCUUUCUGUGGGGUGAACGGCGUGGGUAAAUCCACGAAUUUGGCAAAGAUUUGCUUCUGGCUUAUCGAAAACGAUCUAUCGGUUUUGAUAGCCGCAUGUGAUACAUUCCGAGCUGGUGCUGUUGAGCAACUGCGGACUCAUAUGAGGCGGCUGCUGGCCUUGCACCCGCCGAGCGCUCAUAACGAUAGAUGCAUGGUCCAUUUGUAUGAGAAGGGAUAUGGCAAAGACGCAGCUGGAAUCGCCGCUGAGGCAAUAAAGUACGCGGCAGACGCCAAAAUUGACGUGGUUCUAAUCGACACAGCUGGUCGUAUGCAGGACAACGAGCCGCUCAUGCGCGCUCUAGCCAAACUCAUUAAAGUCAACCAGCCCGAUUUGGUUCUAUUCGUUGGCGAGGCACUUGUUGGGAAUGAGGCGGUCGAUCAGCUGGUUAAAUUUAACCAAGCGUUGGCCGACUACAGUUCGUCAGUUAACCCGCACGUGAUUGAUGGGAUUGUUUUGACUAAAUUCGAUACGAUUGACGAUAAAGUUGGUGCUGCCAUCUCUAUGACGUAUAUCACGGGACAGCCGAUAGUGUUCGUUGGCACGGGGCAGACGUACACAGACUUGAAGGCUUUGAACGCGACUGCUGUUGUGCACGCGUUGAUGAAGUAGAUUUGGGACCGGUUUCUGGGGUUUUGGUAGAUUAAGUAUUUUUAGUUGAUAUCUCGUCAUGAUCGUAGAACAAUGUCGGUUUUGAAAAUAAUCCAAAAUCCACUUUUUAUCAUAUUUGAUACUUUAACUAAAUAUU